GCAGCUAAUAUGGUAAUUGUUCCAAAGUCAGCGCAGGGUUAAUGAUUGAAAGGAUCAGACUCCUCCUGUGUCCUCCCUCUGACACUUCCUGUUCCUCCAUGUGCCCUGGAAGCGACUCCUGAGUCCAAAGACGAUAUGGCCUCCUCCAAAAAUCUGAGUCGGUUUUGGGAAUGGGGCAGAAAAAUUAUUUGUGUUGGAAGGAAUUAUGCGGACCAUGCCAAGGAGCUGAAAAACGCGGUGCCCACAGAACCAGUGCUGUUCCUCAAGUCCCCUUCGGCCUACGUGCGGGAGGGCGCCCCCAUCCUCAUGCCUUACUACAGCAAUAAUCUUCACCAUGAAGUUGAACUCGGGGUGGUGAUUGGCAAAGGAGGUAAAGAUAUAGCACAGGCGAGCGCGAUGGACCACGUGGAGGGAUAUGCCCUGUGCCUGGAUAUGACAGCUAGAGAUGUACAGGACCAGUGCAAGCAGAAGGGACUUCCGUGGACUUUGGCGAAAGCCUUUGACACUUCCUGCCCGGUCAGUGACUUGAUCCCCAAAGAAACCAUAAAGGACCCUCAUAAUGUAAAGAUAUGGCUGAAAGUGAAUGACAUCCUCAAACAAGAGGGGAGCACAUCGUCCAUGAUCUUCUCCAUUCCUUUUCUCAUCAGCUACAUCAGCAGGGUCAUCACCCUGGAAGAAGGAGACCUUAUACUGACAGGGACCCCAAAAGGGGUGGCCGCUGUGCAGGAAGAUGACGAGAUGGUGGCAGGAAUUGACAACAUUAUUAGCAUGCGGUUUCGAAUUAAAAAACAGUCCUAGUAAAAUUAAAGGGAGUCUGUCAGCAGGCUUGACCCUCAAAACUGAUGACAGCACUAUACAGGUGAACCCCCGACAAUCAGCGCUUCCUAGGCAAUGACAUCGUGUUCAUCGGUCACAUGUUAUUUUUGGAGCUCGGUCCCAUUCAAGUAAAUGGGCCUGGGCUGCAAUACCAAGUACAAUUGGGGACAAGAUUAGGACAUGUUCUAUUUUUUUGCGGAACGGAAG